GCACGCUUGCACGUUUCGCCGUCGGCCGUAUCGAUCCUUCCUGGAAAAAACAAAAAUCCGCGUCACGCGCUGAGGGAAAAUGUGCGUUCACUCCAUGCUACGUCACGCGAUUAGGUCCUGCUCUGCCAAUUAGGAAACGCAUCGUCGCUUGCCGUGGCCGAGGUAUUGUGGACCCUGCAGCGUGGCGUAGCGUCGCUUCAUUCGCUAGGCAGCUGCGAUAGAUUGUGGAGGCAUGGAAAAACGCUUGAUUCAGAAAGUAUUUGAGCAUGAUUUAUUGUAUGCUGUUGAUAAUGUACAUUACAGGGAUCGGCAUAUGCGAGCUGUGGCAUGGGCCGAGAUUGGUAAAGAUCUUGGGAUUCCAGCAUCACAGUGCAAAGACAUGUGGAGGAAGUUGAGAAAUUGCUACCUGAAUGCCAUCAACAGAAGACAGAACAAAAACAUUCCCAAAUGGAAAUACGAAGACGAGAUGUCUUUCUUAUUGCCAUUCAUCGACGUGCGAUCAUCAGCAGACAACGACAUGGAACUUCAUUCCCAGUCUUCCAGCAUAAAUAACUUAUCGACAUCUUUUCACGAAGGAGCCAUCGAUAAUUCCAUGAUGUCCGAACGAGAGGACAGCUCUGAAAUGAUUCUUCCAGAAACCUCCAGUUUCGUCCCCAAAAAAGAACCGGAAGACGAGCACAUGGAGCUGAUGUCGAUGUCUAGGAAGAGGAACAAUCUUCGCUCUUAUAGGCAGUUCGAAGGACCCAUUCGUGACGAAACGGAAAUGUUCUUCCUCAGUAUUUCGGAGACAGUGAAACGACUUCCGGCAGUGGACCAAGCGAGAAUAAAGAUGGAGGUCUGCAAGCUUGUCUAUGAAUCAGAGAUUCGACAACUAGAAGCAGAAUACGAAGAGACUCUAUGAAAGGUGCGCAUGCGCGUGAAUGAUUUCGGAGUUGUUGCCAGAGUAUUAAGAUGUGUGAUCAGAAUAUACAUCCUUUUCCGUACCUUCGACCAAGUUUUAAUUGAAAUUAAAAAAAAAAAAAAAAUCUUAUCUUGAAAUGAUAUUAGCAGGCAGACGGAUAAUAUGUUUUUCAGUAAAAGUUAACGACUUUCAUACUUAUAUGUGGCUUUUCUACAAGUCACGAUGACGUUGCGUCGAAAGCCAAAUGCAAUCCCAUUGACAAGGAAAGUUGGCUCAAAUUAUUUUAGCCAAAACUCAAAAAGGGCGCCAAACACGCAACACGCUUGUCGCAGUUGUUAACGUUGCAACGCCAUUGUUUGUCUGACUUCUUGUAAAGUUUCAUAUGCUCUUUGAGUCAUUUUUUUUCGGUGCCAAAAUUCCAUAACUUUGAAAAUACUCAAUUGCACGCUGUUCUGUAGCAUGUAGGUCCCAAAUUUUUAUCAUUUUCUUAUGUAAAAGCAGAGAAAUAUCUAUUAGAACUGAACUCUUGUUCUUGCCAUAUAUCUCACCUAUGGUUCACACUUACUUUCUGACUGUAUGAAUGAGGUCAUCUAAUUAGACAAGUGGUCCGAAUAUCAGGCUUGAGCCAUGGCAGUGAACGCGUUAAAGAAACACAAAUUGUUUAUCAAAGCUACAGCCCAUGUAUUUGGUAUAUAGUUUUUCAUUGUUGGCGUAAUAGCGUGUUAUUUGGCGCCAUUUUUUGGUUUUGGCGAAAAUAACUUGCGCCAACUUACCUGCUUAUCCCUGCUCGACGGGAAACCCAUAUGCUAGACCUCGUGCUCAGUUAACCGUCGCUGCCGCUUGUUUUCUACUUACUAUGAUUAUUUUUUCUCUAUAUAUGUACAGGUUCAUCUUAACAAAUAUGACAGCGCGGGCUAGAGUAGCUUGGCGCCAUAUGAGAAAUAUGUAUAGGAAUUUGAAUCAUAUUCUUUCAUAUUGUAUGAUUAAAAACUAAUCUGAUCCAUCACUAUAUUAGGUAUUGAUGUAUAUAUCCCUACUUUAUCAUUGGCAAUAUGACAUUUAGCGCAUGCGUACUACUUACAAAUAUGAAUCAUAUUCUUUAUUUUUACCUUAAUUAUGAUUAUAAGCAAAUAUAUUUUUUUGUUCAGUUGUUGAAUCCGAUUUCGUAAUGAAUUUCGCAUCUGGUUUGUAGUCUUACUAAAAUUGGUGCAAAUGAGUGGAAAGAAAAAAAAAAGUUACUAGAUGUUCUCUGUUUUAUGUAAAAGGUACUGUUAGGAAAUCAACUUAUGAAUAAAAUUAUUAGGUAGAAACAACUGUUCAGAAAUUGCCUAUAAGAUGUAAACAUUCAUCAAUAUAAAUGGUGAUUGCACUUUUUUCGCUUACUUCUAUAUACGCAGGAUGAUUCAAAAUUUAGCUUUCAAAUUCACAAAAGCAAGAUUGGAAACGCCACUCGGAUGAGCUAGGGGAUGGAUAAAGAUUCAAAAAUAUCAAAUUUUUAAGAGAUAAAAACUCUUUGUUACUUGGAUUUAUUUAAACUUAAAUUUCUUAUCCUUCACAGCAGUAUUGAAUCUUUCAGAGGUACCCAAAAUUAUCCAGAUAUUAUAUGUUGAUAAAGAAUCUUAAUACAGUUUCAGUGUGCUCAGUAUUUGUAAACUGAUAUAUUCUUGUAGCCUAUUGAAAUUUGAAAUUAUUAUUGUUGAGACACAACUACAGUGUUAUUGAGCAGUGUCAUCUAGAUUAUUAGGUUGGUAUUUCAGUCAUACUCUCCCAUAUGAUUUUACCUUAUUUUUGUAUCUCCUACAUUCCUGACAGUUUGAAUUUUAAACUACCCGUAUAAGAGAAAAAUGAAAGUACAGAAUAAGAAUUUUGCUUUGUAAUUUUGAUGAAACUCGUUAAACCAGAAACUAUUGGGAAUUUAUUUAGAAAAACGAAUGAUUCAAAUUUAUUAAACUAAAAUAUUUAGGAUGAUAUAAAAAUAUGCCAGUUUGAUAAUAUGCAGAUUUUACGAUGUAUAGUAUGCAAUUUCAAUUCAUAAUUAUAAUUUUUAUUACAUGCAAAUUGUACGUGUAAAAUAUAAGAAAAAAAUUUGAGUUUUAUAAGACAUUUUCUGAUUUGUAUGCUUUUAAAAGAUCAUUCAUUUGUUGAUGUCUUUCAUAUAUUUGUUCAUUUUUUUAAAUGAACUAUAGUCAUUUGAUACAUUGUUAUUAUUUAUUACAAUGUAUAUUACAAUAGUAAUAUACAUGUAAUUACAAUUACAAUAUUAAUAUACAUUGUUCAUAUUCAAAAAGAUUGUAUAUUGUUUUAUUCCUGAUCAUUGUGUAGUGCUCAUGUUCAUAAACAUUGUGCUGGGUUCAUCUUCACAAAUAUUGUGUACUGCUUAUCUCAUGUCAUGAUAUUUAAUUAUCUUUUGUUCCCCCCCUUCCGUGAUACUUACUGUUUGGCACAGUUAUUAUGUUUUGAAGAAUUUAUUUAUUUUGAUUAUUAUUAUUUUUUAUCUUUAUUCUUUUAAUCUUUAUUUUCUUGUUGUCUUAUUUUUUUAAAGUUCUU